AUGGACAAAUAUUAUGGGAAAAGGCUGGUGUUCGAGCUGCUGGUGUACUACUGCUCCACCUUCAUGGAGAUGAUCCCGCUGUCCUUCAUGCUGGGCUUCUACGUUACCUUCACGGCCACCCGCUGGUGGAACCAGUACAUGGCCAUCCCCUGGCCGGACAGGCUGAUGAACGUGCUGAUGAUGUACGUGCCGGGCCAGGACGACGGCAGCCGCAUGCUGCGCCGCACGCUGAUGCGCUACCUCAACCUCAGCCUGAUUCUGGUGCUGCGCUCCAUCAGCAAGGCCGUCAAGCGCCGCUUCCCGACCAAGGACCACCUCAUCGAGGCCGGGUUCAUGACCAAGCUGGAGGUGGAGCUGUGGCAGUCCAUCCCGUCCACGGAGUUCAACACCUUCUGGGUGCCGUGCACCUGGUUCAUCAACCUGCUGCGGGAGGCCAGGAACGAGUGCCGCAUCACCGACGCCCAGGGGGUCAAGCUCAUCCUAGAGGAGUUCAACGACUUUCGUGCCAAGUGCGGCCUUUUGUGGAGCUACGACUGGAUCAGCAUUCCCCUGGUCUACACCCAGGUGGUGACGAUGGCCACCUACUCCUUCUUCGCCGCCGCCGUGUUCGGCCGCCAGUACAUCCACAGCCCGGACCCGAUCAUUGACAGCAGGCACCACUUCGACUUCUACGUGCCCGUCUUCACCGUCAUCCAGUACUUCCUCUACAUGGGGCUGCUCAAGGUGGCUGAGCAGCUUAUCAACCCUUUUGGAGACGACGACGAAGACUUCGAGCUCAAUUGGAUAAUUGACAGGCACUUCAAAGUGUCCUACCUAGGCGUGGACACGCUGGACGGCCCUCCUCCGCCGUUGGUCAAGGACUCGUACUUCUACAAGAUGGACUACCAGCUGCCCUACACCGCCGCUUCGGUCAGCUACAAGAAGAAGACGUACCGGGGAUCGGUGGCCUACAUGCACGUGCCCCAAAAGGAGCGCGGCAUGGUGGUGCCGGAGAUGUCCGAAGAGGACGACGAGGACUCCCCCAGAGACGGCGGCAGCGGGGGCGAGGACGACGACGGUCGGCACGGACUCUCCAAGCGGUCGUCGUCCUCGCUGUGGACGUUGAUGCAUCGCCGCUCUACCAGUCCUCCUAACGAUAACGUCGAGAGCGGCCUCGCGCAAGACUCCAAGCUGCACGUCUACUUCAAGGGGUCCUCGCCGUCGGGAAGCCAGGAGGAUUCUGAGGACGCCAACGGCCUCUCCGACGGAUCUCAACAGAAGCACCUUCUGCAGGCUCAUGAAGAGCGGCGCAGCGACCGACAAGGCCCGGAGCCGAGUCCGCUGCAUGGGCAGCGGUCCUUCCUGAGGGAGCUGUUCUCGAGCAAGCCGGCCAUGCGCGUGCAGGCCUGGACAGGUGCCGACGGAGACUACGCGAGUCCCGCCAAGCGGCCCCGCAAGCACCACCAUCGCACCAAGGUGUCCUUCUGCGCUGAGACCUCCGGCAGACCGCGCUUUGACAAGUCCUCGCUGCGACUCAAGAGCAGGUCAACGUCCGACCUCGCUGCUGAUAUGGCUGCCGCCCUUAAGCCGGCGCUACUAUUGACGUCAGCACUUGGCUCCUCAACAGUUCCUGGGCACCGCCGAAAAUCCCUCGGCGGCGACCGACAUCUGGAGAUGACUGUCCCAGAGACAGUGACGCAUAGCCAUAGCCUACCCGAACUACUGGUCCCGGAUACCAUGCCGCCCGCUCCACUCGAACCGGGACCGCCGGACAAACCCGUCUGUACCACGGUACCUCCGACGACAACGUCGGCUGAACCCGCGACUGUGAUUGCACCCACACGACGGAGGUCGUCACAACUGGAUGCCUCCGUAGACCCAAUGACGCCGGUACACAUUCCUGUCACGUCCCCUCAGAGUGCGUUAGUGAAGGACUCGUUGAAGCCACCCAGUAUACUCGGUCAGGCCCGUCAUCGAGAGCGGAGGCGAACAACCACAGCAUUGGGUGCGAUGACCAAGCCUGAUGGAACAACUGAGGAUGUUGCCCUGGCCGUGCCACUUAGGAAGGCCGCGAUCCUGACGGCAGCGACGGCGACAGCGGCGGCGGCGCCAGGGCUGCCACCGCCAGCCGAUCCGGAACAUCCCAAGUUGCCAGACAUCCAGCCACCAACGACGCUGCGACGGAAACCGAGGUUACGUGUACGCGUAUCAGUGCCCGAGGAAAGCGACGUUUCAGAUGGUUCAGGGUCCAAGCCGGCACCUGAAACAUCAGAGGCUCCGCUUCUUCCACCAGGUAGUGCUCCUGAACCGGCUCCUGACGUCUCACCGUCCACUCCUCCACCAGUUGACCCUCCAGAUAAGGGCAAAAGAACAAGAAGCUUGCCGAAAGAAACAACAGAAAAGACCGAAGGUGCACACUCCAGAGUACGGAAGAUGAGUGGUGAAGACAAAGACACGCUCGGGUUCCAUAAAGAUAAGCAUAAAGCAGACGAUAGCGAUGAUAAUAAGUCCAAAAUAACGAAGGAGCCCGAGAAAAAGACUACAACCAAGGACCCGAGCCAGACCGGAAAAGAGCCAAAGAGCGAAACCUCAGACAAGGUCGAAUCCGACGAAGGAAAGGACGAUGUGGAGUUCGUAGUGUUUAUCCAGGAGAAAGCCCCAGACAGGCCCAAGCAGCUGAUCAUCGUCCCCGGCCCGCCACAACGCGCAGGAUCCGUGGACAGCUUGCUCGGAGACUCCCGCCCCUCGCGAGCCAAGAGAAGAGCCUCGCUGGACAGUGGUGUUCAGGCCGACGAUGACCCGGCUCAUGCAUCCGAGCGCAAGGAGCGUACAACGCAGGCUCUAGGAGACACCGGUGAAACCAGCGUCCCACCAUCUCUACCGACGUUCCUUCGUAGCAAGACCAAAGAUGACGAUGGCGUCGGCCGGGGCCGCCAACGACGGAGGGCUAGCAGCAUCAUGAGAGCCAGGAGCCCGAGUAGCAGCAGUAGGGAGAGUAGAGACAGCCAAGAAUGUCUGGCUUUGCUGGGCGCAGCUGCGGCUCCUGUCCAUCGGAGGGUUCCCAGCGACGUCCUCAUGCGUUGGCAGAACGUGUUCUCAAGAGAGCCUGGCCGUGUCAAAAAGCUCUCGCAGGAAUUCUCCUACCAGACGUCGAGUAGUGCCCGCAGUGUUGUGACUGUGCGUAGUUCGACCGCAAGUGUGGCAAGGGCCGAGUCUAAGGCGGAAGCAUUUGUCGCUAAGGAGAAGCGUAAAAGUUGA